AGGCUAUAAUCGUGUUCCAAGCGCACGGCGGACCUGAAAUUCGUUGUGCAGCUAAACUGGGUUGUCAAUUUCAGGGCGAUGCUAAUCGGCGUUCUUUUAGCCAGUCUAGCAUUCUCUGUCCCUUUCAGCUAUACUAUAGCAGCCAAUGUAGGAUCAUAUCCAGAUGACAGCCACCGGGAGAGGAGCGCCAUCUACGUUAACAGCUGGGCCGUGAAAAUUCGCGGAAAAUCGUCGGAGGCAGACGUCGUAGCUCAACGAAAUGGAUUUCAAAAUCUUGGUUUGGUUGCAGGAUUUUCUGACGUGUUCCACUUUCGGUUGAAUGCACGAGAGAGACGGGGUACCAGAACUGACGCCCCUAUUAUUUCAGGUCUCGCAUUGGAUUCGCUAGUUGACUUUAGUGAACAGCAAGUCCGUGAGCAAAGAAUUACAAAAUCGUACAUUGUGCCAGAAGACCCUCUCUUUGAGAAGCAGUGGCAUUUGUUAAACAACAAGGGGCUCUAUGGGCAGCAUCUAAAUGACUUGAGGGUGGAGCAGGUGUGGCUGCAGGGAGUGACAGGAUGCAAUGUCACUGUCACUGUUGUGGAUGAUGGGACUGACAUAGAACAUCCUGACCUAUGGCCAAACUUCGCUCCUUUGGUAUCUGAUGACAAUGGAAAUGAACGCACCCACCAUGGCACAAAAGUAGCGGAAUAGUUGCAGCUGCACAAGAUGACACUUGUGGCGUUGGAGUUGCCUUCCAGUGUAAUCUAGGAAGUAUAAAACUGAUCAGUAGGUAUGGCACAACUGACAUCGAAGAAGCAACUUCCCUCUCAUACGCAAGGGACAUAAUUGACAUUUAUAGCAACGGUUGGGGACCACCAGAUGGAUCUAAUGUCAUGGGUCCAAGGACCCUGACAAAAAUCACUCUAAAAAUUGGAGCAAGGGAGGGACGAAAUGGAAAGGGCUCCAUAUAUGUAUGGGCUAAUGGAAAUGGAGGAGAUGAAGAUGAUUGUGCUGCAGAUGGCUAUGUUUCCAGUAUAUACACCAUCUCUGUUGGGGCUAUUGGAGUGGAUGGUGGCUACAGUUCCUUUGAUGAGCAAUGUUCUGCCAAAAUGGUUGUGGCUUAUGUGACAGAUGACAUGGGAAACAGUGCUAUUAGGACAACAGACCGGCGUAGGGAUGGCUACCACAUGUGUACAAGUACUUAUGGUGGGACAAGUGCAUCAGCCCCAAUGGUGUCAGGCACAAUAGCCCUUGCCCUAGAGGCCAACCCAAAUCUGACGUGGAGAGAUGUCCAGUAUCUGAUAGUCUACACUGCUGAUCCUCAUCAAACAGCUGGUCCUCUGACCAGGAAUGGCGCCGGUCUGGCAGUGAGUCGUCAGUAUGGGUUUGGAGUGAUGGAUGCUGAGGCCAUGGUCACCAGAGCCAGACACUGGAUCAAUGCACCUCCUCAGAUAGAGCACCAUAUCACUGCAGCGUCUCAGGAGCCAUCUUCGAAUACCACAUACUCAGCGACAGUGAACUUCACUGGAAAAAUCCAGUAUCUGGAACACGUAGUUGUCACGAUUUCAGUGGCCAUACCAGAAAACACUUUCAGCCUCACAAGAGGAGAUUUGCAGAUUUCUCUUGAGUCACCAUCUGGGACGCUAUCAAUACUGCUGAGGCCUCGACCAAAUGACAAAGCUCCAGACAGGUAUGUAGACUGGCCAUUCAUGUCAGUCAUGUUCUGGGGAGAAAAUCCAACUGGACAGUGGACUCUCAACAUCACAACACGUGAUAUAACUGGUGUAGCUGUUGUUAGUGAGGUAGAGUUUCAUUUCUACGGAGUAUCUCAAGUGCCAGAGUCAGUGACAAACAUUCCUGACCAGUGUCAUUCUGACUGCAAAAGAGGGUGUGCUGGAGAGGGCUCCAACCUCUGUGACACAUGCGUCAACCUCCGUAAUGCAUACACUUUGGAGUGCAUAAAUGAGUGUCCAUCUGGUUACAGUAAUCGUAGAGGCUACUGCUACAAUGAAAGUUUGGCAGUAAAGGAAUGUAACUCGCCACUCAAAAACAAAACAGGCUUUAAUGAUGGUCGUGUUGGUUGCACCAAAGCUGGAUUUAAAGAAUGUUGUACUAAUGGAAACUGUGCUGCAUCUCCAUUAGAACCUUCCUCGUGCUUCUGUGAUACUCUCUGCUACAAAUUUAAAGACUGCUGCGAUGAUAUAGCUGAAAUUGGUUGCCCUGUGGAAAAUGUAACUGAGACAUUUCCCUACAUUGAUCUUGGAGUGACACCUGGUGUUGAAACAAAUCAUGUUGAUUUUGAAGGACGAUCACCACCAAUAAAAAUAUUAUUUCCUUUAGGGGCCUCCAUCGAAUCACAUAUCUAUGUAUCAAGCAAUGGUUCAUUUCUACUUACGAGUGAUGGAACAAUAUUGGAUGCAUAUUCAGGACUGGUGGCCCCAUUCCUUAGUGUGAACAACCCUUCAAGUGGUUCGAUCUCAUUUGAAGUUCACCAAAGAGAUAAAUCUCAGCCUCUUUUUACCCAUGUCAACUCAAUUAUAAACAAACAUGAGAAUACCAAAUUCAAUAGCAGUUGGCUUCUUGUGGCUUUGUGGGAAAAUGUUCAGCCGUAUGGCGAAAUCUAUCUAGGCAACACCUUUCAGGGAAUCCUUGUGACAGAUUUCACGACAUCCUCUUAUGCCAUCUUCACCUACAAGUGUGGUGAUUUGGAAGUCUCAGAUCCUGGCGAAAUUGGUUUUGGGUUUACUAAUAAAGAUGGUUUGAAUAUCACACACGGAGCAACCUAUAGGAAACACUCUUACUUUAUAGCCUGUUUGAAUGAACCUAACACUCUGUGGGUGAAUGUUGUGUAUCAAAUUGCAAGAUCUGGUAAGGAUCAAGGAUAAUAGAGAUUAUGGUGUUAAAGGCACAUUGCAUUUUGUUAAGUAGCUAAUGUCAAUCUUGUAGCUCUUUAAUGUUCAUUUAUCCCACAGCCAAUGAGUGUGAAGCUAACAAUGGAGAUUGUGAACAGGUCUGCAUGAACACUUUCCUCUCAUUCAACUGCAGCUGUGAUGAUGGAUAUGAUUUGAAUACUGAUGGGUAUACAUGCUUAGAUAUCGAUGAGUGUUCAGAUCCAGGACAUGGCUGUACACAAAACUGUGAGAAUACUGUCGGGUCCUACCAUUGUAACUGUAGCACUGGAUAUGAAUUGAAUGCCGAUGGACGAACUUGUACUAAAGAGUCCAUUGUUCCAGAACCUCAAUCUCAAUUGAUUGUCACGAUUGCUAUAGGAGCAGGAGUGCUGCUAGCACUAAUUUUUUGCACAUGUAUUAUUGGAAUCAGCCUAGCCUGGAUUAAAUUUAAAAGAUGGACUUUGUCCAUAUUUGAGUUUAAAGAUCAAGAAGUGCCCCUAAAGGAGGUGCAGGUACAACUUAAACAAGAGCAACAUGAAGCUGAGGAACAUUCUUAACUUUAAAAACUUGUUCAUUUGUGGAAUGCUGUGCCUAUAGUGCUUUGAAAACUUAGUCACUCGAGUUGUUUUUGUCAUGCGAUCUACACUU